AAAAUGUGGAAGUUGUCGUUCGCAUAAGUUGAUGGAUAUAAUUGCACAGCUUUUGCUAUGGAUAAACAGGAACUGGAAAAACUUUCACCAUGAGGGGGGAGAAAUGUAAUCUUGUGAGUAACUGCAAACAGGUUACAAAAAGAUUUGGAUGCAGCUAGAUCAGGUACAGGAUUUUACGUUGAUAAGGAUAACUAUCAAAAGAUGUUGGAUGCAAUUAUAGCUGUAACUGGAGAAAAUAUUACAGCAGAAGAAUUAACUGAAAAGAAAGCAGAGAGAAUCGAACAGUUAGAGGAUCGAAUGUAUAGCAAAGUCAGAGAAUUUGAAGAGACUGUUGUGCAAUGUAUGAAACAACGAAGGGAAUUAGAAGCUGCAAAAGCUACCAUAAAGGAACAGGAUGAGUACUUAGAACAAGAGAAGUUUCUUUCAAAAUGGUACGAAAAUCAAACCAGUGAAAAACUUGAAGAAGCAAAAAAAUUAUUGGCAGCUACAAAAAAUUUACACAGUGAAAAAGAAAUCCUAUUAGCCAAAUUGGAACAUCAGUUCACAAUAAACGUUUCCAAUGAACAAAUAACACAGAAGGCAGUAGGAAACGUUUUAAAAAUGUUGGAUCAAUUUGGAAACGAUGAAACUGAAAAAUUUAUGUGGAGUGAAAACAAAAUCAAAAACAAGAUUAGUGAAAGGAUAUUUGAAUUUAAGGAGAAUUUUCAAAAGUCUUCAGAUACUUUCAAAAAUAUUUCAAUUGAAUUUGAAUCAAUAGUUAAAGAUAAUAUUUUAUCUGAAUCAAAAUAUUACAAUAAUAAAAUUAAUGAAAAAACAAACAUUAUCGGAGACAUCUUUAAUCAACAUGAAAAACUAAUUGAUGUACUGAAUUUCGAGUUACUCAAAACUGUUGAAUUUUAUAAAAAAAAUUCAGAAAGGGUUUACAACAGAGCAAACCAAAUGAGAGAAUUGGAAGAGUUUAGUAACAGUAUAGUAAAAGAACAUCAAGGUAAAUUCUGGUUUAGAACAGAUGUUAAUAGAAAGAAUAGAAGACACCCAAAAGAAAAUCAGAGAAAACCAAACAGAAAUUGAAAAAACUGAAGCUAAAAUGGCGAAAUUGCAAGAAAAGAAAAUAAUUUUGACAAAAAAGAGUGAGGAAUCUAGCUAAAGUUUGAAAAAGUACAGAGAGGAUAUAAAAAAAAGAAAAAGCUAUAGAAGAAAGUAUAAAAGAAAGAAUAAAUACUCUAGAACAAAUUGUUGAUGAAUCAUAUAAAUCUAUGCAAUAUUCUAUGCAACUUCCAAUUUUAUGUAAACAACAAGGAAACCAAGUUGCAAGAAUGUUAACUUAUUUGAAAGAUUUUGAUAAAAAGUUGAAAGAUGUUACUUCGGAUUUGGAAAACAAAUAUGAUGAGAUAUAUCUCAC